CUCCAUCCCCUCCCGUUCGUUCCAUGAUGCUUAAUACUUAAUAUUAUUACUGUUUUGUAGGAUCUGGGUGUGAGUGUGUUUUUUAGAAGCUUAUUAUCUAAACCAGGGUGGUAAUUCUAAAUAAAAUAAUUUACAGUUUUUGGGGGGUUAUUCCAUAAAACGAGAAGGGGUACAAAAUCUGGACGAAGAUGAUACCGAUACCAUGAAAAAUUACCAAGUUUUCUGUCAUAUACCAAAUAUCUCUGAAAUUUUACCGGUUUAAUCAAUCAUUGAUUUGAAAGUUAAGUUUUUUCUGUGUGUGGGUUUCAAACUUUUACCUGUGUUUCAUAUAUACUUGCCACAUAUGAGGAAUAAACAUGUGGGUCAUCAAAUGUGGUCAAGUUUUGUGUGCUGUGAUGAUGUUGGUUGGAUACGCUUGUGGGCAGAACUUUUACGGGACGCCGGCGCCCGACCGAGAAAACACGGUGAUUUGGUGUACGGUGAAUCAAGAAGAGCAGAGAAAAUGUGAAGCCAUGUCGGAAAUUUUGAAAACUAAUCCGCUUUAUAAUGAAUUUGGACAACGGGCAGAAAUUAAUCAGCUUAACUGCACCCAGACCUACAACAAGGACGAGUGCAUGGUGAUGUUGGACAACAACGUCGCCGACAUGACGACCCUUGACCCAGGCGAAGUCUUUGUUGGGGGACGGGAACACAGUUUAGUCCCAUUUAUGGAGGAGCGUUACACGGAGGGGUUGUACAGCGUUGCGGUGGUCUCGAAGCGAUCGGAUAUUCGCAGCUUGUACGAUAUUAGGGGUAAAAAGGCGUGUUUUGCGGGGGUGGGUACCUUGGCUGGAUGGAUCACACCGAUGGAUAAGCUCCUUAAAAAGGGCGGAAUGGAAAUCGUCGACUGCAACAAUCACGUCAAAAGUGCGUUAUCCUACUUCGGCCCAAGUUGUGCUGUCAACUCGCUCUCCGAUAAGUACAACCCACUCGGCGAUAACUCUCACAAGUUGUGCGAAUCCUGUGGGAGUGAACUUCCAGGCGUGCGGUGCACGAGUAACGAUCCAUACUCCGGGUACGAGGGGGCCCUCAUGUGUCUCAUGGACAAGGGGGAGAUCGCCUUCCUCAAGCACUCCUCCAUCCAAGAAUACUACACCAAGCUGAACGACCUCCUGGCCUACGCCCAUCAGGAGAACGAACGUCUCAACAAUCCAUACGGCCAAACGUCCACGACAGAAUUCCCAUUCUUUCUCGGAAAUCGUCCCACGACAACGUCCACGACGCAAUCUCCAUUCUUCCCUUUUCAACAACCCACCAGAAAUAAUUCAGCCUUUGGGAACAAUGACCUCUUCGAUAGGAGGUCUCGUUUCGAGGCUGAGUCCCCAAAUCAUCCCGACGCCGCGGCGUCGCCGGGGGAAAGUAACGCGAUCCGUGGUCCGAGAUCGUACAGCUCGUUCAAGGAGACGUACGAGCUCCUCUGCGAGGACGGGACGCGGAGGGAUAUUGAUGACUGGCGAUACUGUAAUUGGGGUCUCCUCCCGUCACAUGCGAUCGUCACGUCGUCCGCGAAAUUGUACCGACCCACGAGAAAGAGGUAUCAGGAGUUUAUUGAGAAUAUGUUCAGACAAUUUGGAGGUGUUGAUGGGACACAGCAGCAGCAAGGGCAGCAGGGGCAGGGACAGGGGCAGAUUGUUAAUAAGAAUUUUAGGAUGUUUGACUCCAUUCCGAGGUAUGGAAAUAGGAGCAAUUUGCUCUUCCAGGAUGCUACGAUUGGAUUUCGUGCAAUCCAUGAAAAUGAUCAGACCUACGUGAAAUACUUGGGGCGACAUAUGGACGCCAUUUUAGGCAUCAGGGCCUGUCCCGUGGAAAAGAUAUCGCUCUGUAUCACGUCCGAUGCGGAGUAUAACAAAUGUGUCAAAAUGAGGCAAGCUCUCAACGCCCAACUUCUCAAACCGGAAAUGACCUGUGAGAAAGGACACAGUCACGUGGACUGCAUUCAAAGAAUUUCUCAGGGAAAUGCCGACACUGCCAUUCUUGACGCUGGAGACGUUUACACCGCCGGCUACCAUUACAACUUGAUCCCCGUCAUGUCGGAAAUUUACAACACGCGCAACACCAAAUUAGGAGAGCCGGAGUAUUUCGCAGUCGCCGUGGCUUAUCAGGGAGACGCGGACACCGAGCUGACCUAUUUGAAGGGGAAGUAUUCCUGCCACUCCGGCAUUGGUCACGGAGCUGGGUGGAUUAUCCCGAUGGCUUAUCUCAUCUCGAGUGGCAGGAUGCGAAACUAUGGGUGCGACUCGGUCACCGCGGCGUCACAAUACUUUACGAAGUCCUGCGUUCCUGGCGCACUCAGCAAAGAGCACACUUUUGGGAGUCAGCACAGCAAUCUUUGUGACUUGUGUAGAGGACAAAGUUUUUCAUAUUGUAGUCGCGAUGCGUCGGAAGAUUUUUAUGGACAUACGGGAGCGUUACGCUGCCUGAUCGAAGGUGGGGGCCAAGUAGCUUUCGUAAAGCAUACGACGGUCAGUGAGGUCACGGAUGGCAAAAGGAGAGAAACAUGGGCGAGAAAUACGCUCUCUGGGGAUUAUGAACUGCUCUGCAGAGAUGGUACUCGAGCCCCCGUCACGGACUAUGAACGCUGCAACUUAGGGAAAGUGAAAGCCAACGCGGUCGUCGUUCGUGGGGGUGGAAGUUACAAUCACAAUCAAACAACUGCCAUCAUUAAUUUAUUCUUAUACGCGCAACAAUACUAUGGAAGGAAGGAUGAGGAUGAUUUCAAUUUCGGAAUGUUCUACUCUGCUCCGCCCUACAGCGAUUUAAUAUUUCAAGACGCAGCACAGCAACUCAAAGUAAUUCCGCAGGAGCAGCGGAAUUACCGAGAUUACUUGGGAAAGACAUUUCUCAAGGCGAGGGCCCUCGUCGACUGCAGGGCGCAUGCGGGUCGAACUGACGCCAUGACGAGUCGUUUCUUGAUGGGAGGAGUCCUUCUACUUCUUGUACUGCCUCGAUUUCUUUCAUUUGGCCAGGACGGGAUAAUCAUCACGUCGUGAAACAAGGACAUGACUGACACGCUUAUCAAAUAAAAUAAAAACUUACAAAACUACUUUUUCUGUCCUUUUGCUAUACAUUUUACAGUGUACCCUUAUCUUAACCAACCCGGUGAAUUGUCCUGGUUUACAAAGAACAAAGCAGCAAAUUUUUGGCGAAUCUCUUAUUAAACAUGACAUAGUUUACUCCAUGAUAAUGUUAUAUAAAUAUGUACAUAAGUUAAGUUUGAUAAAAUUUUAUACAAAUUUGAUGACCAAAUAUAAAGUUUUUAUAAUAUAUUUGUUAUGUAUGUGUGAGAUGAAAUAUGGAAUGUUUUUACGGAAAUAAAUGUUGUUACAAUAAAAUAAUUUUUUAUAAAACUAAAUUCAUCUCAUUUUCAAUUUUGCUAUCACAUUACUUUAUAAGACAUACAUAUUCAGAAGAAACGAGCAUAAUUAAUUGAAAUUGAUUUUCAUGCUUUUACUCAUAAUACAUAAAUAUAUGCCGACAAAUAUAACGUAGUAGAAUAUUGUUAUAUAUUAUUAUAAUCUUUGCGAAGAUGAUAGAAACUAAGACUUUGAUACAAGUAAAUUGCUGUGCCAAAAUUAUAUAAUGUGCUUCCAAGUUCCAACAAUUCAAAUUUUGAGAAUUCAAUUUUGCCAUGCAACAUUACUUUAAAAUAGUUUUAACUAUUACAUACAUAACUUAUGCACAAAUUAUAGACAUUGCGAUUGUAAUGAACGAACUAAAUGGCUGUACUAAGACUUGUUCUUGACUGUAAAUAAAUAAAUUGAAUUGAAAAUAAAUAAUUCCAUUCUGAGAGAAAUGUGUGAUGAUUGAGGCGAAGAGAGAUUGAUUUGACUUUAGUUGUCGCUACAUUCAUCAACCUUGACUUUACGUGGGCGACCUCGUCGUUUUGGACCGGAUGGUGCAAGCCGCUUCCGGGUUGCUACCGGUGAAGCAAAACCUUUGUCAUUUUGACCAUUAAAAUCAUUUAGACUGUUCGAAUUCUUACUCAGAUCUAUUGGUUCUUCUUGCACGUUUGUAAUCUUCACGUGUUGGGAAGAAUUUGGUUUUUUGGGAGAAGAAAGUCCCGUUGAUUUCGAAGUUGACCUCGGCUUUUGUCCUCGACCUUUGCCAGUUUUGCCAUCACCUUUUCGUGAUUUUGGAGUUGUUGCUUUGGAUGGAGUGACGGGUAAAACUGAUUCAUCCAAAUGCAUAGAUUCUUCAUCUGUGCGUUCUACUUUCUCUUUCAUCUGUGUGAGUAUUAGGGGUAGUGGAUUUGAUUCCACUAGUGGCAUUUCUUAGUACAUAAAUAUUUGUAUAAAUUAGUUAUUUAGUAACAAAUUAGUAAUUUUAUUAUACCUGGUGGAUUAUGUGUUUCUACCACAUCCAACGACGGUUGUACAACUUCAGGAAUUAGUUGAGUUUGCAGAUUAUCAUUCUUCUCCACAUGAGCGUUGGACGAUGUGGCUAGCAGUGGCUGUGCGGCUUUGAUCGCGUUCAUUUUUGCCUCUUCAAUUUCCUUCUUUGUCCUUCGAUCUCGUCGUUUUGGUUUUGGUGUGGGUGGUGGUAGUGGAUCCUCAUCAUCCAUCUCUUCAUCGUCGGCACGGUCGCAGCUCUAAUAAUGCAAUGAAAUCAUCGAAUAUGUUAGCACCCUUACAUUACAAAGUUAGUUUAUUUCGAAAUAGCCAUGUUUUUUAAAGCAAAAUAAAGAAUAUUAGUACAUACUGA